UUGACUAACUGUAAGGUUGAAUCAACUGUACGGGUACCUGAAAGUCAGUGUUCAUCCUGUUUCCUGCUGCGUCUGAUAGGAGAGGAAGUUUCCAAAGUUUAUUUCCAAAGACAUGGAGCUGAUGUACGUGGAGGAGCUCAGGUCAUCCGUUAACCUGCUGAUGGCUAACCUGGAGAGCCAGCCUGUGGCCAAAGACUUCAAGCCCAAAAUCAAGCCCAAACUCACACCCAUGAACAGCUUCCUGGAUAUCGGCGAUGAGAACGACUUGCCUCUCUCCAAAUCUGACGUAGUGCUGACGUUUUCUCUGGAGAUUGUGAUCAUUGAGGUGCAGGGGCUGAAAUCCGUUGCUCCUAACCGGAUCGUGUACUGCACCAUGGAGGUGGAGGGAGGAGAGAAGCUCCAGACGGAUCAAGCCGAGGCCUCCAGACCACAGUGGGGCACACAAGGAGAUUUCACCACCACACACCCCCUGCCAGCGGUCAAAGUCAAACUCUUCACUGAAAGCACUGGAGUCCUGGCUCUGGAGGACAAAGAGCUGGGAAGGGUGGUCCUUCACCCCACCACAAACGGGCCCAAAGCGGCAGAGUUGCACAAGAUGGUAGUGCCUAAGAACAGCCAAGACGUGGAUCUGAAAAUCAAACUGGUAGUUCGCAUGGACAAACCCCCCAACAUGAAGCACAGCGGGUAUCUUUACGCCUUAGGCCAGAGAGUCUGGAAGCGAUGGAAGAGGAGAUAUUUUGUGCUUGUUCAGGUGAGUCAGUACACGUUUGCCAUGUGCAGUUACCGGGAGAAGAAGUCCGAGCCGCAUGAGCUGAUGCAGUUGGACGGGUAUACGGUAGAUUACUCCGAUCCGCAGCCAGGUCUUCAAGGAGGCAGAGCCUUCUUCAGUGCUGUCCGAGAAGGCGAUCUGGUAGUCUUCGCCAGCAAUGACGAUCAGGACCGCGCUCUUUGGGUCCAGGCCAUGUACCGCGCCACAGGCCAAUCCUAUAAACCAGUAGCGCCCGCCCAGAACCAGCAGAACUGCAGAGGAGGGAGUGCGCAAAAAGAUGCCCCUGUGUCCUUACUCAGUCUGGAGAAGACUCAGAGACAGGGAGUGGAGGAGCUCAUCUCUGCCAUGCCCUGCAACUUCGACCAUGCCAGCCUGUUCUUCAUCCUGCAGAAACACACUCUCGUGCACCGCAUGAACGACUCCUUUUCCUGCCUGGGUUGGUUCAGCCCAGGCCAGGUGUUUGUUCUGGACGAGUACUGCGCUCGAUAUGGGGUGAGGGGCUGUCAUCGUCACCUCUGCUACCUGAAAGACCUGAUGGAUUUUUCAGAUAACAGCGCCCUGGUGGACCCGACCCUCCUACACUACAGCUAUGCCUUCUGUGCCUCACAUGUCCACGGAAACAGACCGGACGGCAUGGGCACAGUGACAGAACAGGAGAAGGAGGAGUUUGAGGAGAUCAGGAGCAGACUGCUGACUUUACUGGAGAAGCAGAUCACACAUUUCAGGUACUGUUUCCCCUUCGGGCGACCGGAGGGUGCUCUUAAAGCCACACUCUCUCUUCUGGAAAGGGUUCUGAUGAAAGACAUCACCACGCCGGUCCCACCUGAGGAGAUGCGUAAGAUAGUUCAGAAGUGCCUGGAAAAAGCUGCGCUCAUCAAUUACUCCCAGCUGACCGAAUACGCCCAGAUCGAAGCAGACAGCAGUCAGGCGUCUCCAGAGAAAAGGCUGGAGGACAUGAUCAGACUAGGAGAGCUGUGUAUGGAGGUCUUACAACAGAACGACGAGCAUCACUCUGAGCAACAUGCUCACCUGUGCAAUGGAAUGUUCCAUAAGCACCUCCAGGACCUGUACAUCCCUCUGGUGGUGCGGUACAUUGACCUGAUGGAGUCGUCAAUAGCUCAGUCCAUUCAUCGCGGCUUUGAGCAGGAGACGUGGCAGUCUGUGAAUAACGGCUCGGCCACAUCAGAAGAUCUAUUCUGGAAGCUGGAUGCUCUUCAGAUGUUCGUGAUGGACCUGCACUGGCCAGAGCCGGAGUUCGCCAAACAUCUGGAGCAAAGGCUCAAACUGAUGGCUAGUGAUAUGAUGGAGGCUUGUGUCAAAAGGACCAAAGUUGCCUUUGACUCUAAAAUGCAGAAGUCUUGCAAGUCGACUGAUUUCCGCAUCCCCUUGUCUGUGUGCACAAUGUUCAAUGUUCUCAUGGAUGCCAAGAAGCAGUGCUCCAAGCUCUGUGUUCUUGACCAAGGCCAGGAGCACAUGUAUUAUCCCCUUCAAGGUUUAUCUCUCUCUUUCUCACAUGCACAGCAAUGGUACAACUCUUUAAUGAAGGCUGUGUGUGCCUGGCUGACGGACAGACUCGACCAGCAGCUGCAUGUUUACCAACUCAAAACUCUCAUCAAGAUUGUCAAGAAGUCGUACCGUGACUUCAGGCUGCAGGGUGUGUUGGACAGCACAUUGAACAACAAGAGCUACGAGACGGUUUACAACCGGCUCACUAUCGAGGAAGCCACGGCGGCUGUGUCGGCCGCGGACGGUCUGCAGGGCAUUACCAUGAGGGACAGCGAUGAAGAGGAGGGUUAACGUCCCACCUACUGGACAGUCAUAAUCUUGAUACGAAGAGGUCAGAUUCCAGCUCUCCUGAUUGGAGCUCACGCUUCAUGCUCCCCAAACAGUGCUGCACUACCCUCUUGUCUAAGCCAAUGUCACCAUGCUUGUAUAAAACAUUCAUUGGCCACUUACAGACAGCUAAAGUGUCUCUGUCGUUCUGUAUUUGAUGUGCAGUCAUACGGUGGCUCAACACAAGGCAAGCUUGAAUAUCGGGACGCACUUGUAGGCACAAAUUUACCCACAAAGAACCAAGCGACGAUUUGUAAGUUUACCGCAGUGAAAACUAGAGCGUGAGGGAAGUAGCACCUGCUUAUAUGCUGUUUUUUUUUCUUGCAUCAGCUUCAGAUCCUCAGGCCAAAGCUCCAAAUAUGGUGGAUGAAAUGCUAGUUGUUCACUGUAGUAAAGUCGUGACAUUGUUCCACUCAAUAGCUAUGAAUUCACAUUCCGAUUCUUCUGUAGAA